AGAGAGAGUUAAGUCUUGGCGACCCCAUUGCCACGCCGCAUCCAAAUCUGCUGCCGGGAGGACGCAAGGCACCCCAUUGCCGUUUCUCUCUCCUCUCUCCGCUGCCUAGCUAGCUGUUUGCGCCGCGCACAUUAGCUGUACCCCUGCGCUCGGUGAGUGGGAGGAGAGAGAAGCCAUCCGUCCGCGCCCAUGGUGAUCCCCGUGUCCUAGCCGCCUGGCCUGGCCUGGCGGUACAAGCCACCGAGGAGGCCUCGUGGGUUUUGUCAGGCGAGAGAGAGAGAGAGCGAGAGUCUCGCUGCCGGUGCUGGGGGAGCGGGUGGGGGGCAGCCGAGCCCAGGAUGGCGGCCGCCGCAUUGGCCGGGCUCCUCGUCGCCCUCGCCGCCGCGACCGCGGGGGCCACCACCGAGUCCUCCGACGCCGCCGCUCUGGGGAAUCUCUACACCUCCUGGAACAGCCCGCCGCAGCUGGCCGGCUGGUCGGCCGGCGGCGGCGACCCCUGCGGCGCGGGGUGGCAGGGCGUCUCCUGCACCGGCUCAGGCGUCACCGAAAUCAAGCUUCCUGGGACAGGGCUGAACGGCUCUCUGGGCUACGAACUCUCCAAUCUGUUCUCACUCAAAACACUGGAUUUGAGCAACAACCAAAUUCAAGGUUCAAUUCCUUACCAGCUGCCACCGAAUCUCACAUAUCUGAAUCUGGCGACCAACAAUUUCUCUGGCAAUCUCCCAUACUCCAUAUCCAACAUGGCUUCGAUUGAGUACCUCAACCUCAGCCACAACUCACUGGCCCAACAAAUAGGCGAUUUGUUUGGAAACCUCACUUCACUUUCAGAGUUGGACGUGUCUUUCAACAAACUGACAGGGGAUCUUCCAACUUCUAUUGGCUCUCUAUCAAAUAUUUCUAGUCUCUAUAUGCAAAACAAUCAGUUAACAGGUUCUGUCAAUGUUCUAAGUGGUCUAGGCCUUACUACCCUAAACAUUGCAAACAACAAUUUCAGUGGCUGGAUACCAAAAGAAUUCAGCAAUUACAACAACUGCAGACUUAAUGGAAACUCAUUCCUGAAUGGACCUGCUCCUCCACCACCACCUUUCAUGCCACCACCCCCUAGAAGGCCGCGCAGUCGUCCUAACCGUUCUGGGGGAAGUGGAAAUGCUCCAAAAGGCUCUGAGAGCUCCACUAGUCAAGGUGGCAAGAAUGGUCUGCAGACAGCUUCGCUUGUGGGGAUAAUUGUUGGCUCAGUACUUGCUGCUUUGUGUGUGCUUCUUCUUUUGGUAUUAUGCAUUCGUAAAUCUCGGAAAAGGAAGGAUGAUAGCAGCACAGAAUCCAAAGAUUUUGUAGGUCCACUAUCAGUGAACAUAGAGGAAGUAUCUAACAGGGAAAUCCCAGAGCAAGGUCUUGAAAAUACGGCUAUGAAAGUCCUGCCUGCUGAGAAAAUGACUCCCGAGAGGGUUUAUGGUAAAACUGGUUCUAUGAGAAAGACAAAGGUUCCCAUAACUGCGACACCUUACACCGUGGCUUCCCUCCAAGUUGCGACGAAUAGCUUCUGUCAAGAUUCCCUUCUGGGAGAGGGUUCACUUGGUCGUGUUUACAAGGCUGAUUUCCCCAAUGGGAAGGUUAUGGCUGUUAAGAAGGUAGACAGUGCCGCUAUUUCCUUGCAGGAAGAAGAUGAUUUCCUUGAGGUUGUAUCAAGUAUGUCACGACUUAGGCAUCCAAACAUCGUGCCGCUUACAGGGUACUGUGUGGAGCAUGCCCAAAGGCUUCUUGUUUAUGAGUACAUUGGAAACACAACGCUGCAUGAUAUGCUGCACUUCUCUGAUGAGAUGAGCAGAAGACUUACAUGGAACAUCCGUGUAAGAAUAGCACUAGGCACUGCUCGGGCAUUAGAAUACCUGCAUGAGGUUUGCUUGCCCUCUGUUGUUCAUAGAAAUUUUAAGUCCGCAAACAUUCUACUUGAUGAAGAGCAUAAUGCACAUUUAUCUGACUGUGGGCUCGCUGCCUUGACACCCAAUACUGAGAGACAGGUUUCUACUGAAGUGGUUGGCUCAUUUGGAUACAGUGCCCCAGAGUUUUCCAUGUCAGGAAUUUAUACUGUAAAGAGUGACGUGUACAGUUUUGGAGUAGUGAUGCUAGAGCUAUUGACUGGAAGGAAGCCGCUAGACAGUUCUAGAGAGAGGUCAGAACAGUCUCUUGUUAGAUGGGCUACGCCUCAGCUUCAUGAUAUCGAUGCACUUUCUAAGAUGGUUGAUCCAGCAUUAAAUGGAAUGUACCCUGCGAAAUCGCUCUCCCGCUUUGCAGACAUAAUUGCACUUUGUGUUCAGCCGGAGCCAGAGUUCCGUCCUCCUAUGUCUGAGGUUGUCCAGCAACUUGUGCGCCUGAUGCAGAGGGCUAGCAUAGUAAGGCGGCAAUCAGGUGAGGAACUAGGGUUUUCUUACAGGGCUCCAGAACGUGAAGGAGAAACAAGAGACAUUUCCUUCUGAGCAUUUUCUUCAAUGGCAAAAGUGAAAAGGUCCGAGGGUCAAAUACAAGAAUUGGGUGACUGCAUAUGAACUGGACACAUGAGUUGUUCAGACAGUUGAGGAUCAAAUGAAUUUGAGAAGAUAAUUUUGGUAUUUACAUUGUUCAAUUAUGCUCAUUCUUCUCUUCAUUUUGUUCGGGGUAGUCUACUUAACAGUUGAACUGUGUUCUCAAAUCAACCGUGUGUACAGCAUGUUAGUCGGGGUAGAGAAAAGAAAUGUUAAUGCAACAGGAUAACUUUGUUGGAUGUCAAACAAGUACAUACCUUUUACUUGGCACUG